AUGACGAAAGACAAAAUGAAGGUUGAAAAGUGCGAUGAAUUGGAAUCGGAAUCAGAGGAAGAAGAGGAUGAGAGAGGAAAUGAGGGAGAAUAUAUAGAGUUACAAGAAGAGAAUAAAGAAGAAGGCAAUAGAAACGAUGAGAUUAUUUUGACAAAAGAGAAGCAAAAGAAGAAAGAAGACAGUGAGGAAGACGAUAUGGAGUCGGAAGAGGAAGAGAGAGAUGAAGGUGAUGUAGAAGAGGAGGAUGAAGGAGAUGAGAUAGAAGAGAAACAUGAAGAUGAUAGACAAGACAAACAUAUAGAUGAUGGAGAAGAAAAACACAAAGAAGGUGAUACAGAAGAGAAACAUGAAGGAAAUGAUAGAGAUGAGAAAGAUUCAGAUGACAUAGAUGAAAAGGAAAAAGGGGAUGAUAUAGAAGAGGAAGAUAGAGAUGAUACAGAAGAGGAAGGUGGAGAAGGAAAUGAAAAUUAUGAUAUAGAAAGUCGAAUACGGAGAAGGGCAAAGAGGAAACGUGGUAGAUGA